AUGGCCCAGAAUGUGGCUGCAGGACAGGGGUGUGUGGUAGGAGACUCCUCUCUGGACCCUGGAGAGGAGAUGCUGCAGGCGCUGGAAGCUCUGGACCCUGGAGGGAUGAAAUUAACACAUGGGGUAGAGAGAGGGGUGUCUUUAAUCCAGAGAGGGGUAUCCCACGCCUCAGCAGCCCCAGCCCAGACCUCCCACAUCCUGACACCAAGCCCAGGACCAGGACCAGAGGUCGGGGCUAGGGUUAGACUUGGACCAGGACCAGAGGUCGGGGCUAGGGUUAGACUUGGACCAGGUGUGUUUGAGCGGCCAGGGCUGAUUCAGACAGCGGACCGUAAGGACCUGGCUCAGUGCCUGCUGUUCAGUGAAGACUCAGAGGACAGAGAGCAUGCUGGGACACUUCCACACAGACCCACGGACGUCCCACCCCCUCAGCGGAACUGCAGCUCCAGAGGGUGUGUCUUCACAGUAGAUUCAUCAACAUCAUUUCAUCUUAUUCUAACUUGACGUGGUUUUACCUUUAACAACCUGCCAAUACAUCUUUAUUUCAUUUGAAUGUUGUUGUUGACAGUAGGAAGCGCAGGGCCAGGAGGAGGAGCUCUGAGACCACACCCACAGGAAGAGGAAGUAGUUCCUGCCAGAAUGCGGACUCCCGAUUGGACGUGUCUGAUGACUUCAUCCUGUUCAACCCCUCCCACCUGGCGCUGGCGAGGGAGAGAGCGGAGCUACAGCGGUCUCUGAGGAACAACAUGUCUGCUUCUGUUCUCACGCCCCCUACUGGGCUGGAGGCCAGCACACUCAACACCACAGGUACAGGAUGAAAAGACUAGUCAGUGUGUGUAUCUAAUGUGUGUGUGUGUGUGUAUAUGUAACGUGUGUGUGUUUCCCCCAGGGGUUGGUGUAUCAGAGGUGUGUGUGCGUCCAGACGAGCAGUGUGACAGGUUGUUGUUGUCCAGCUGGGGUCUACCUGCUGUGGUCCUUGAUCGCUACCGUCGUCAUGGUGUCUCCUCCAUGUUCCCCUGGCAGGCUCAGUGUCUCAGUCUGGGACGAGUGCUGCAGGGACACAACCUGGUCUACUCAGGUACCCUACCAAUCUACUACCCCCCGCCCAGAACCCUGACCCCUGACCUUUAACCCCUGACCUCUAAUCCCCAGCCCCAACCAGUGCAGGGAAGACCCUGGUGGCAGAGCUGUUGAUGCUGAAGAGAGUACUGGAGACCAGGAGGAAAGCUCUGUUUAUCCUUCCCUUCGUGUCCCUGGCCAAGGAGAAGAUGACCUACCUACAG